CCACAGCUCUGCAACUCAGAACAGCAACUGCUGAGACCACCCUGAGAAGAGGAUGAUCCUAAACAGAGCUCUGAUUCUGGGGUCCCUCGCCCUAACCACCUUGAUGAGCCCAAGUGGAGGUGAAGACAUUGUGGCUGACCACGUUGCCUCCUAUGGCACAAAUGUCUACCAGUCUUAUGGUCCCUCUGGACAAUAUACUCAUGAAUUUGAUGGAGACGAGGAGUUCUACGUGGACCUGGAGAAGAAGGAGACAGUCUGGCAGCUGCCUUUGUUCAGCCAACUUAGACGUUUUGACCCACAGGGUGCACUGAGAAACAUUGCUACGUUAAAACACAACCUGGAAAUCAUCAUUAAACGCUCCAACACUUCUGCUGCUACCAAUAAGGUUCCUGAGGUGACUGUGUUUUCCAAGUCUCCUGUGAUGCUGGGUCAGCCGAACACCCUCAUCUGUCUUGUGGACAACAUCUUUCCUCCUGUGAUCAAUGUCACAUGGUUGAAGAAUGGGAACUCAGUAACAGAAGGUGUUUCUGACACAAGCUUCCUCCCCAAGAGUGAUCAUUCCUUCUUCAAGAUCAAUUUCCUCACCUUCCUCCCUUCUGCUGAUGAUAUUUAUGACUGCAAGGUGGAGCACUGGGGCCUGGAUGAGCCACUUCUGAAACACUGGGAAGCUGAGAUUCCAACGCCUAUGUCAGAGCUGACAGAGACUGUGGUCUGUGCCCUGGGGUUGGCUGUGGGCCUCGUGGGCAUCGUGGUGGGCACUGUCUUCAUUAUCCAAGGCCUGCGCUCAGGUAGUACCUCCAGACACCAAGGGCCCUUGUGAGUCACAUCCUAGAAGAAAAGGUACAUUGCCCAUCUAUGAGAGCAGAAGAGUGGACAUGUUGGGUGACUUAGCACUAUUUUUAUGGUCAAGUUCAUCAUAUUCCUUCUCUCUUCCUACACUCCUCCUCUCACUUCUUCUGUGGGACUUAAGGUGCUGUGUCCUCACAGAACUCACAUAUCUCUCAAAAUUCUCCCCCUGACCUCCUAAGUUUUUCUUUUCUCAAUUGUUACCUAUUAUGGGAACCCUGGAGUAUCCUACUCUACUACCUAAUCCCUCAGUGACCCCAAAAGAAUGUCUCUAUAUAAACAAUAAAUCCCACUUUUUGAUGUC